GAAAAAACUACGCUUUGCUUUAAAGCUCAUUUGAACUGAUAAUUUAUUUAAAUUUAUUAUUUUCUAAAUGGCAUUUAAAAAUGGCCUCAGGAAAGGAAAAACCCGCCAAAAAAUCUAAGAAGCCAUCGAAAAAGAGUAAUAAAAAUGAUAAAACAACCUCAAAUGCGAGCCCUCUUUCAAGUGCUUUUUAUCAUAAUCUAUUAAAGAUAUGCUAUGUUAUAGCUAUUUUCGAUCUAAUACAUGCACUAUAUUUCGCAACUCAGGCCAUGAUAUUGCUGGUCACAAGUUUUAAUGUAUUUUCGAUAUUCGCACUAUUGGGCACAAUCUUCUGGGUACUGAUUGUUAUUUUGCUUAUUGUGGGACUUUGCAAGCGUCGACCAACGCUAGUGAAAGUCUGGCUUACAUUUUCAUUGAUCGGUUUUAUUGUGGACUUGUUAUUUUUAACAUGGGGUAUAAGCUCCUCAAUCACCGUCGACUGGGAUCAUUUGCAGGAAUUUACCAUUAUCAUCAUUGGCAUUGUCAUUGAAGUCAUUUGCAUAUAUCUUGUUUACAGAUAUUAUACACUUAUGGAUCCCUGCCGUAUGGUUGAUGUUAACGAAGAGAGUAACAUGCCAAAGAAAAAACAUCCUCUGGACCAGGCUGCCUGCAAUGAGAGCAAAAAAUUGGCUGAUAGUAAUGUGAAAGGUGGUAAAGGCACUAAGGAUAAGAAAAAGGACAAAGCCAAAGACAAAGACUCCAAAAAGAAGGGCAAAAAGUGAUUUUAUUUUAUAUUUCUUCAACUUUUACCGAAUUUAGUUGCCUUUUUGUAAAUAUUUAGAUAUAUUUUUGUAAGGAGAUUAUUAAAAACAUUCGUAAUGUGUAAA